CCUCUGGAGACCGAAGUAUCUUGUGAGGGAAGAGGGCUGAAUGGCCUUAGGAGACUUAGCCAGAUCUCUUGUGUUUAGUCAGACCUGGGGAGAUGCAUGGUUCCAUUUUGGUGCUGGAUUAGAGACCAGAGAGAAGACUAAGGGACAACGCCCAGCAGAUGCAGGAGCUGGAAAAGGCCCUCCAGCUGCUCAGCCUUGGAGCUGUGGGAAGAAUGGAACAAGUCCUGGGCAAAAGAGUCAAGAAGAAGAAGAAGCCAGUAAUUCAGAGGUGCAAUGCUGUGACUUCAGAAAAGUGCAGUUCCAAGAGGGGAGGAGUCCCCGAGAUGUUUGCAGUCAGCUUCACCACCUUUGCCAUCAAUGGCUGCAGCCAGAAAGACACACCAAGGCUCAGAUGCUGGACCUGGUGCUCCUGGAGCAGUUCCUAGCUGUCCUUCCCCCAGAGAUGGAGAAAUGGGUGCGGGAGUGUGGAGCGGAGACCAGUUCCCAGGCGGUGGCCCUGGCCGAAGGCUUCUUGCUAACCCAGAAGUCUGAGAAGAUGCAAGAGUUGCAGAAAUCUUUGGAAGCUGUGACCGAGUAUCCCAAGGAGAGGAUAGAUUCAUUCAAACCUUCCCAAGACCUGCAGUUAAGGGAGAGCUUCCAGAAAGAUCAAAGUCAAGAUGUGAUGCCAGAUGUUUUGUCCUUUAAGGAAGUGGCUGUGUAUUUCUCCGAGGAGGAGUGGUUGCAGCUGGAUGCUGACCAAAAAGCGCUGUAUGGAGAAGUCAUGCUAGAGAUUUCCAGGAAUUUGGCUUCUCUAGGUGCCCCUGGGACACACAAAGGAUGGAAUGAGUGUAUGGGGACCAACGGUGUCCAGCAGCCGCCACAGCCCACCAAUUCCUUGGCUGGCGCACUGUGGGGCUACACAGCCCAUGCAGCGCAGGUGAAUACUAGUGCUGAAACCACCAGGUUGGCCCUCGAAACAGCAGGCAGAGGGAAGAUGAGUGCAAAAAGAAAGAGCUAUUCCGUCGAGUUCAAGAAAGGAAUAGUGGAGGAUUCUCUGGGCAGGAAUCUUACGGUUUUCUGCAAAGAGAAAAAGUUGGAUCUCCGAAUGGUCCGAAAAUGGCGAGCAGAGUACAAUAACCUCAGUCAUCAGAUGGAUGAAGGAAAUGCUAAGAAGCGCAGAUGUGGAUCAG